UGCCCCGUCCUUGGUGUCAGUGGGGGGAGGAAUAGUGCCCCAUCCUUGGUGUCAGUGGGGGGAGGAAUAGUGCCCCAUCCUUGGUGUCAGUGGGGGGAGGAAUUGUGCCCCAUCGUUGGUGUCAGUGGGGGGAGGAAU